ACUAUCAGAUAAGACAAAACCCCCCAACAAAAAUAGAAAAAGAAAAAGAAACCACAUGAACAAAAACUUCCGUCACUCGAAUCAACUUUCAAAACCCAAGAAUCAACCCACAUGGGCGAGAUUCGAAGAAGAGAAAGAAACUGAGGAACUCUGAGGGCUGACGUGGCGACGGCUGGCUUUAACGGAGUGUGAGGCAGCAGACGGUGGCUGCCCUUUAGAGUGCGUUUGUUACUGAGACCAGAUUGUGAUUGGUUAAGUGAAGUCCCAACAGAGAGGUGAGAUGGAAACGGCGUCUUCUUCUUCUUCUUCUUUGAACAAGAAGAAGAAGGAGGCGUUGGGGUGGAUGGAAUGGCUUAGAGGAUGGUGCUACGUGAUUCACGAGAUGCUCUUUCAAAGAAUCUUGGCCAGUCAUUUGCAGAACCCCUUGCCUUUGCCUCCUGUUAAUGAUCUCACUUGCAUUGUCACCGGAUCCACCAGCGGUAUUGGCCGAGAAAUCGCCCGGCAAUUGGCGGAAUCAGGGGCUCAUGUUGUUAUGGCAGUGAGGAAUGUGAAGGCAGCUCAGGAGUUGAUCCAGAAAUGGCAGGAGGAAUGGACUGGAAGAGGCCUCCCUCUCAAUAUUGAGGUGAUGGAGCUUGAUCUACUCUCCUUGGACUCUGUUGUGAGAUUUGCUGAUGCAUGGAAUGCACGUUUAGGACCUUUGCAUGUUCUUAUCAAUAAUGCUGGAAUUUUUUCCAUUGGAGAACCACAAAAAGUUUCAAAAGAUGGGCAUGAAGAACACAUGCAAGUGAAUCAUCUGGCUCCAGCGCUGCUUUCAGUUAUGCUUUUGCCAUCCCUUAUUAGAGGCUCUCCAAGUCGAAUAGUUAAUGUGAAUUCUGUUAUGCAUUAUGUUGGCUUUGUUGACCCAGAAGACAUGAAUGUUGUUUCUGGGAAGAGAAAAUUUACAAGCUUAUUGGGAUACACAAGCAGCAAGCUAGCACAGAUAUUUUUAGUAUCUCCUUCAAAAGCGACGCCUGCUGAAUCUGGCAUAAAUGUAUUAUGUGUGUCUCCUGGAAUUGUCCACACGAAUGUUGCAAGGGAUCUUUCCAAAAUUGUGCAAGCUGCUUAUCAUCUUAUACCAUAUUUCAUCUUUAGUCCGCAAGAAGGUUCGAGGAGCACACUUUUUUCAGCCACUGAUCCUCAGAUUCAGUACUGUGACUUGUUGAGAGCGGAUGAUUGGCCUGUUUGCGCAUUCAUAUCUCAAGAUUGCCGUCCAACAAAUCCUUCCGAGGAAGCACACAACGUUGAAACUUCUUAUAAAGUGUGGGAGAAGACAUUAGAGAUGAUUGGCCUGCCGUCCGAUGCUGUUGAGAAGCUGAUAGAAGGUGAAGAAGUCAAAUGCAAGUAUGGGACUCAACAGGAAGCUGCUCUUCCCACUAAAAGACCAACACAAAAUGCUCAUCCUAAGUUUCAAAUCAACCCGUUCCAGGUCUUCGUUCCAAGUGGGUACAUUAUUGGAAUUAAUAGAGCAAUCCAUUCUUUAUCAUACAAACUUUAUCUUAACCAAUGA